GGCAAUUAAGAAGAUCUAGGAUGGGUAUAACCGCUCCUUCCCCAAAACCUUUUUCAUCCUCAUAAUUACAGCCGACAUAGCCUCCAUUCCCUUUCAUCCCUUCAAUUUCUCUUUUUUCACAAAAUUUCUCUUUCUCUCUCUGUAUAUAGAAUUCAUACUUCCUAAUCCAAUCACUGUUCGUAAUGCAAUUGCAUUACGAUCAACCGGUCCCUUCCAUUUGAUUUUUCAUCUUCUUCUUCGUUUCCCUCCUUUCUUCUUUCUAGAUCCAUCCAUGCAUGUAUCUAGAAAGUUGAGUCCAAUCUUUCGUCUUCUAUUUUGUGGUUUUUUCUUUUCCUUUCGAUCUCCUUGUUGGGUUUUCUUUUGGGUAAUUUGAUCACCAUCAUCAUCAUCAUGCCUCCUCCUCCAUGGAAGAAGGCCAGAUUAUCUCGGAUGAUGUCCGAUCACUUGAAUUCACCGACCCACGGCGGUUCUCUCGUCGUCGAGACUGGUUUCCCAACAUCACUCGUCGAUCUAUUUGUCAAGAAUCGCCAUCGCAUGAAGAAAAGUUCAUCCAAGAAGAAUAAUUGGACCACUGAAAUUGAAUCGGAACCGGCCGAUUCCUCUAACUUUUUAGGGGAAGUAUUCGAGACGGAGUCUAUUUCUUCUUCAUCGUCCCCUCGCCGGAAUGAAUCAAUCGAUCAGGAAAUAACCGGCGAAAGUGCAGGAGCCAGGGGAUAUUUCUGGUCCUGGUGGUGGUGGAUCUUCAAGGUUUUCUUCGUUGUGGUAAUGGCGAUGGGGACGAAGCAACUCGCUGUUGGGAUUACAGUUUCGGCUUUCUCUCUUCUUGUAAUGGAACUUUUCGGAAAAUAUAUUUCCAAACCAUGGCAAUCCAAACGGAAGUUUAUCAAGAACAGUAAUCAUUCGAGUUCAGAUGAAUCUCAAUCCAAAGAAGUUCAAAUUGAUGAACAUAAUCGCAAUGCAGAGGUUGCGGAUUCGGAUUUGGAUUUGGAUUCGAAAGUGAACGAAACUCCAAAUCCGAAACCUAAUAAUCAUUUGAGGCUUCCUAGCGGAGAAAUUAGGGUGAUGAAAUCAAUCUUAAGCUCACCUAGAUUUCAUAGACGAUCUGCAUCUGACGAUAUGGGAACAACUAAAGAUUUGCAUGCUUUUAAGAGUUUCAACUGGAGUUGGUUCUCGGAAGAGGAAAUGAAAGAAGGUGUAAAAAAGGAAGAUGCAGAUAAAGAUACAGAUAAAGAUAAUCACAGUGAGUUAGAUCAGAAUCAGAUCUCUAAACCUCUAGAUCAUGAUCAUGAUUGUGUUACCAAUCAGAUCGUUCAUAAAAGCAACAGUAGAAAGAUAAAAUCGAAGAUAAAGAAGUUCGUUAAGAAACUUAAGAGUUCAAAGAAAGAACGUACCGAUCGGAGGAAUGACGCAUCAUGUUCUGUCUCGGCCGAAGAAUCUGAAUCCAUUACCGCAUCGAACAAUUUGAACGAGAACAAUCAUCAACCGAUAACUGAUAGUGCAAAAUCGAUUUUGACGGAGAAUUUACAGGUGACAGAAAAGGAGGAUAACCUAGGGUUAGAAAUUAAUAACGAUGCGAAGAUUGUUGAAGCGAAGAGGAAAGGAUGGAGAAGGAGGAAAUCGACUUACUGUGUGGCGAUGCUCGCCGUCAUUCUAGCAGGAUUAGUUGGAGGUCGAUUCUGUGGCAUUGCGUUUACAUUGAUUUGGUGCGCGGCGAUGAAAUUGAUCGGCAGUCACAAGGAAGGCUCAGUUUCCGGUUGAUCAGUUUCACCGGCGACGGCGACGGUAACUGCUUUGCGGAUCUGUGGAUUCUCUCUCUUACUUUAUCAAUGGUGUUUUUGUUUUCAUACUUCAAAUUUUUUUAGUGAUCUAUGUAUGUAUUCAGAAAUUAAACUUGUAAAAAUGUUUUUAAAGUGAAUUUGAUAAAAGAUUAACUAUUAUAUAUUAUUAUUGGCUAAUA